CCUCCUGCCAGUUCUCAGGCGUAUAUAUUCCUUGACAACCUUGUCCGUAUAUUCUUUUCUCCCCAUUCUCGUCCAACCCCGCUGACCCAUCCAAGGCCCGGACGAACAGCCAAACUGGCUCCCAGUUUCGGUAUACAUGCACAAAGGGCCUGGGGGCUGACUUCAUAACCACACCCCUGGCACCAAGGACUUCUUUUUCAGAAUUCUGAAGAGUUCUUGAUAUGCCUGUCUGUCAAUUCUACUUGACCAAAUGCAGUGAAUCCCUCCUCGACCUCGGUUGGAAGAUUAUCAUGCCCAAACGGAAUCCAGUUAACAGCGCCGACGACUCCAACUCGCCACCCAAGGACAACAGCGAUCCCCUGUCCGUAUUUCUGAUCAUCUCUGCGAAGGCGUAUAGUUCCAUCGGGUUUGGUUUGAGUGUUCUGGCAAUAUGGAUGCGCUGGUUCCUGCCGGAUUCUGCUGCACCAGGCCAGCCCGUAAAAGCCAUCGCGAACAUGCCUUCCCCAGGGCCAAAGACCCGUUCAUCCUCGAAAUUACGCGCCUUGCCGAGAUCACCGCGCGUGCCCCCUCCGACCCCUAUGCGUAGGCGAUCCGCUCCACCGACCACCACCUACAGCCCUGUAUCAAUUCUCGAACAUGGCUCCGCUCCACCUUCCCAUUCAAGAGAACCUUCUGGGUCAUCUCGACGCGUUUAUUUCGCGGAUAUGCAGGCGCCUGUUUCCAGAAGGAACACAGAGCCCCUCGAGCGCCUCACUUUUGUUCCCGAAGAAGAAACCCAAAUGCCCACACCUAUCCCUUCCGUCCCUCCAUCACCCCUCAUUCUCAGUCCGAUCUUAAUUGAAAGCCCUCUCCUCACCUCUCUACCCGUAACGAACAUGGUGACGCCGACACCAAUAACGACCGUGGCACAGGAUACCCCCUCUACGACCAUUAAUGACGAAAAUUUUACCCAACCGGAAAACGAGAAAACCUCAACUACACCAUCCUCUACUCCUCGACAACGCAAGUUAAGAUUAAGCUUCACAUUGAGGCCCAAACGCAAUUCUCUGGACAAAUCUCGGGAGGAUCCUGUUGUCAGUCAAGGUAGUUGA